AUGGAGGAACCUGUUUCCGACCACGGGCCUUCCCCAGAGGCACCGUUGCCACCGAAGACUUCGACCAAAGACUUGGAACGUUCUGCUGUUCCCUCGCGUCCCAACGCCGCCGCUCGCCACGCAAAACGCCUGACCCUCAACUUUCCCAUUGCGCCGGCCCUCAAUCUCCGACCAGAGCAAUCAUCGCCGUCUGUCGCUACUCCUGCCACCGAGACGUCUCCCCGGAUGAUGUCACCCGGUCAAUCCGUUCCUGACGCCUCCAUCCUAGGCGAGGCACUCAACCACGAACCGACCGAUCUCCUAACAGCCAUUGCUUCACAAGAGCGAAAAGUUCUCGAACUCAAGGAGGAAUUGUACAAGGCCGAGGCGGAGCUGACGAGCCUGAAGAAGCAAUGGGUUCGAAGCGAAAGACAAAAGAAGCAGACGGAAAUCAGCCACCAUGCAGAAGCCAUGCGGCCGAUACGGCCAUCGAUGGAUGGCUCAAGCGAUCUUCAGUCCCCCAGAAACUCCGAGAAUACAGCAGCGGCCUCCAUGGCAACAACGCCUAUAGAUGCCGUCCCCGUUCAGGUUAGAAGGAGCAAAGAGUUAGAACGACGAAAUAGCAUUCGCAGUGCAGCCAAAGGCGAAGCGUUAAUCUCCGCUAAUGGUCGGAGGGUCUUUGCUGGGUCGAAACACACUCGGACUUUAUCUUUAUUGUCGCCUGAUAUGGGCGUUGUUAGACCACCGUUUCCGAUGCCAAGUCCUUCUGACUCGACGCAAAGCUCCGAGUCUCAGGCGACACGACAUCCGCGAUCUGCAACACUGCCUUCUGUGGARSGAGCCGAUACAUCAAAGACUGUGGAGGCAUCCGACAAGUCGACAACCGAGAAUGAGUGGAGGCGUUCUUUACCUCCCCCAUCUAGCGAAGCUCUUUUACGGACGGGCAGACAAAUGGCAUCUGAUCUGAGAGAGGGACUAUGGACAUUCUUGGAAGAUAUUCGGCAAGCUACAGUAGGAGAGGAAGGAAUCAGCGCUACACGAAAUCGAACGCUACAACCCCCAACAUCUGGCACACCACGUUCUCGUAGCGGACAACGAAGCGAGCGGAGCGUUACCCCGGUCCGACGCCGGGACCAGAAUGGAAAUUCUAUCGGACGCACAAGCUCAUCAACAUCACUGUCCAAGGAUGCAUCAGCAUCAAGAAAAACUGGUAAUAACAAUUCUUCUUCUCCAUCUCCUCCGACCGGCACAGAGGUAUCGUUUUGGAGUGAAUUCGGAGUUGAUACCCCGGGGCAGAAGCUCAAACCCAAACAAGCCACCGCAGUGGCCGCCAGCAAUACCCAAAACGGACAGAAAGGGUCCGCAAACUCGAGCCAGCUAGAAGUCGAGGAGGAUGAUGACUGGAAUGACUGGGAUACGCCGCAACCAAACAAGAAAUCGCAUACACCUUCGUCGAGUCGAUCGACGGUUACUUCUAAAAUCGAUCAAUCCCCGUCAACCCAGCUCAGUAGUCCAAGAACUAGUGCAAGCUUCGGGGAGCGAAAUACCGACGAAGCAGAACGACCUCGCACGGAAAAUGGGAUUCCGUGGCCGGCAUUGAGCAAGUUCACUGCCUCGCAACUCACGCGCACCGCGUCGAGCUUGAUGGAUGAAUGGGAGAAAAGCUUAACCUCUGCCUCAUCAUCUGCGAAAGCGGAACAGGACGAUUGGGAGGCUUUUUGA